AUGAGAAUUUGUAUAAGCAUUUGCAUAUGCGACUACUAUAUAUGCGACACGUACGUGUUCGUUCGUUACCUGGACAGUCUUCAAGAAAUAACAGCUGCGAGCGCACUGUCCAUGCCGGUCGGCACUGUGUCGCUGAAGACGUUCAAAGUACAAGCCAGCCGGUCGGUCGGUGGUUGUCCUACGUCAUCGUGUCUGCGGCCGAGAGAGCCCCGGUGGAGUUGUCAGCUGUCGAAGUACGACGAGCUUGCGACAACUUCGUCCGACUCCGCGUCGCUCAGCGACCUGACCUUUGAAAAUGAUAUCGCCACGCGUGCUCGGAGACUCGCAGUUACAUCGAGAUUUCCGAUUUACGGUUCCGAUGGACGUUUCACAGCGCGCUCUGCGCCGUCGCCGCGAAAUCGUCAACGACGAGUGCCCGAGAUUCUUCUCGAUGACUUUCGGAACGCGAGUUGGUUCGUUUGGUUGGAAGAAAAAAAAAAGAAAAGGAAUAGACCCGCCCUUGUAACUCAAUUGAUAGUGCAACUUGGUGCAGUUAAGAAGUGCGUAUCCGAAAUUCCCCUGGAGUUCGGCGAUGAGUUCGAGGACAGCUUGAGAUCGCCAUUCGCGAACACGACGAUCGUGAUUCGAACGCCGAUCUGCCGCUCAUCUGCAACACCAGAUUUCCGGGCGUCCCUGAAUCGCAACGGCGGCGUUCAUUCAUCCGCAUCGUCAUUGGUCUCUGCGGCCUCAACAGUCUGCAGAUUCCGCCGGCAGGUGGCGGUGCGCGCUGGCGUCCUAAAGCCGACGCAUGGGGCGUUCACUAUCUCUCGCUUUUGUCGCUGGUGUGUCUCGUCGUCGCCGUUAGGAUUGUAGUGUUCGCACUAUUCUUUUCUAAAUCC